CGGGCAGAGCGACGCGGAGCCCCGCCGGCGGCGCGGACCCCGACGACGCCCCCGAGCCGCCGACGCCCCCUCCGCGGAGACCGCGCGCCCUGGGCCGCCCUCGAGGGUCGGGAGCGGCGCCCCGCCGCUGCCCUACAGGCCUCCCCUCUGCUGGGACCUUUAGCGGCCCCUCCGACCUAAAAGCUCGCCCACGGACGCCAUGUGGUGGGCUCCGAUGCCCCUGUCUACACCGCCACCUCUGCUGCCUCCGCUGCUGCUGCCGCCACUGCUGUCGCUGCUGCUGCUGGUGCUCGGGUGCGGGCCGAGGGCGGCCACCGGUGGCGGGACCGGCGGGGCAGCGGGCUACGCACCGGUGAAGUACGUGCAGCCCAUGCACAAGGGACCCGUGGGGCCGCCCUUCCGUGAGGGCAAGGGCCAGUACCUGGAAAUGCCUCUACCGCUGCUGCCAAUGGAUCUCAAAGGAGAGCCCGGACCCCCUGGGAAACCUGGGCCUCGGGGGCCCCCUGGCCCUCCUGGCUUCCCAGGAAAACCAGGCACUGGAAAGCCAGGAUUGCAUGGGCAGCCUGGCCCCGCCGGCCCCCCUGGCUUCUCCCGGAUGGGCAAGGCUGGUCCCCCAGGGCUCCCAGGCAAGGCUGGACCACCUGGGCAACCAGGGCUUCGUGGGGAGCCAGGGAUACGAGGGGACCAGGGCCUCCGGGGCCCCCCCGGGCCCCCUGGACUCCCUGGGCCCUCAGGCAUUGCUGUCCCUGGGAAACCGGGCCCCCCAGGGGUGCCAGGGCCACCAGGGUUUGGGGGGGAGCCAGGUCCUCAGGGGGAACCUGGGCCCCCAGGUGAUCGAGGCCUCAAGGGGGAUAAUGGGGUGGGUCAGCCAGGGCUGCCUGGGGCCCCAGGGCAAGGGGGUGCCCCUGGACCCCCUGGCCUGCCUGGCCCAGCUGGCUUGGGCAAACCAGGUUUGGAUGGGCUUCCUGGGGCCCCUGGAGAUAAGGGUGAGUCUGGCCCUCCCGGGGUGUCAGGACCCAGGGGGGAGCCAGGGGCAAUGGGCCCAAAGGGGCCUCCUGGGAUGGAUGGUGUGGGGAUCCCAGGGUCAGCAGGAGUGCCAGGGCCUCAGGGCCCAGCAGGGGCCAAAGGAGAACCAGGGACCAGGGGUCCUCCUGGCCUCAUAGGCCCCACUGGCUAUGGGAUGCCAGGACCGCCAGGCCCCAAGGGGGACAAGGGCCAAGCUGGGGUCCCAGGGCUCUUGGGGGACAGGGGUGAGCCAGGUGAGGAUGGGGAGCCAGGGGAGCAGGGCCCACAGGGCCUUGGGGGCCCUCCUGGACUUCCAGGCUCUGCAGGGCUCCCCGGAAGACGUGGGCCCCCUGGCCCUAAGGGGGAGGUAGGGCCUGGAGGACCCCCAGGAAUGCCUGGCAUUCGGGGUGAUCAGGGACCUAGUGGCCUGGCUGGGAAACCUGGACUCCCAGGAGAGAGGGGGCUUCCGGGGGCCCACGGACCCCCUGGACCAACUGGGCCCAAGGGCGAGCAGGGUUUCACUGGGCGCCCCGGGGGGCCAGGGGUGGCAGGAGCCGUAGGACAGAAGGGUGACUUGGGGCUCCCUGGACAGCCCGGCCUGCGGGGUCCCUCAGGAAUCCCAGGACUCCAGGGCCCAGCCGGCCCUGUCGGGCCACAGGGCCUGCCAGGCCUGAAGGGCGAACCAGGCCUCCCAGGGCCCCCUGGAGAGGGGAAAGUAGGGGAACCUGGCGUAGCUGGGCCUACAGGGCCCCCUGGAGUUCCUGGUUCCCCAGGACUCACAGGACCUCCUGGGCCUCCGGGGCCUCCUGGCCCCCCUGGCGCCCCUGGGGCCUUCGAUGAGACUGGCAUCGCCGGCCUGCACCUGCCCGACGGGGGAGUGGAAGGCGCUGUGCUGGGCAAGGGCGGCAAGCUGCAGUUCGGGCUGGGCGAGCUGUCGGCCCACGCCACUCCCGCCUUCACCGCUGUGCUCACCUCGCCCUUUCCUGCCUCCGGCAUGCCUGUUAAGUUCGACCGGACUCUCUACAAUGGCCACAGUGGCUACAACCCUGCCACGGGCAUCUUCACCUGCCCUGUGGGCGGGGUCUACUACUUUGCUUACCACGUGCACGUCAAGGGCACCAAUGUGUGGGUGGCCCUGUACAAGAACAACGUGCCAGCCACCUACACCUAUGAUGAGUACAAGAAAGGCUACCUGGACCAGGCGUCUGGCGGGGCUGUGCUCCAGCUGCGGCCCAAUGACCAGGUCUGGGUGCAGAUGCCCUCGGACCAGGCCAACGGCCUCUACUCCACCGAGUACAUCCACUCCUCCUUUUCAGGGUUUUUGCUCUGCCCCACAUAACCCGUGGGGCGCUGCUGCCCCGGCAUCCUCCUCUUUAGUGGUAGAGAGAACUUCUCAGUUACAAAGAAUCUGCAUUUAAAGAAAAAACCAAAGGCUGGACAGAGGUGGGAACAGAGGGGGCUCUGGCCUGAAGAGACUGACUUGGCUUCUCCCUCCGUGCAGGCUGAGGCUGUUUCUGGAAGAAGCUGGCCUGAGUCCCUCCUCGCCCCUGAGUGUCUGUGCACUGUUGGGGUUGUGACUCCCUUGCUGCCCUGCCUGGCCUGCAGGCAGGGCCCCAGCACACUCGGUCCAGCUGUCGGGGGUCCCCGAGUCCCAAGUCCCGGGCUCUGCUGGGUGGUGAAAGACGCUGCUUCUCUGUGAGUCAGAGCUGAAAGAGGACUGAGCUUCCCCUUCCACCCCCUUGGGCGGUAGGGGGCACAUAUCGGCAAACCCCGCCCUUCCUGCUGGCCCCAGAUGGCACCCGCUUAGGGAAUGGGUCUUAGCCUCCCUCAGUUUGUGGCUGGGGCUCUUCUAGCUCCCCUGGGACUUCCAGCAUAUGGUGGUGGGUCCCUUGAAGAGUUUCCCUCCAGGGAAAGGGAGAGGAGGGGGCCAGUGUGGACACCCUGCCACGACAGCCAUCCCAGGCAUGGUGCUGUGGCGCCAGGCAUGUAGAGGUGCGUGGCCCCUUCUGCAAAAUCCUGGGAGGACCGUCCCCCUUCCAUGGCCCCAGUGCAGCCAUGGGGGGCGGGGUUUGUGUGGGGCUGGGGCUGGCCCAGGAUGGCAGGCCUUCACCGGCAUCUCAUUUCCUAGGCUGCCCCCACCAGCUCUGGCUUUGCUCAUGGAAAGGGUGGCUGCCCGGGCCCCUGGGGAGGGGCACAGGCAGGGUCCACUGUCGGUAAGUGGGGGUGAGUGGGAGUAUUCCUCCCUUCAUCUCCUUUUGCCCCCUGGGAGGGCUGAUUUUCUCACACAAAAUUGUAAGGGAUCCUUGCCACCCCCAACCCAAGUGACCCAGAGUAGGCCUUUCAUUUGGCCCUCAGAACAAGGUGCACACGAGCUUGGGGGCAAAGGCUCCGCCUGCUCUUCCUUAAUAAGAACCACAUGUAUGUGUCUACUGAAGGGGUUAACUGGAGGGGCUUCCUCUCCUCCCGCCUCUGGUUCCAAUUUCCUGCUCUAAGCAGGAUUAGGGCCCGGGAGGCCGAGGCUGUGGGGGAAAGGGUGCCAGCAGGCCCCUCUGGAAUGAACUGGCUCUGGGUGUUUCAGCCGUUCCCCCAGUCAGAGCUCCUCUGCAAGAGACAGGCAGGACCCUCUCCCCUCUCCUCAGCCCCCAGUCCAAGUUGAGUGGGUAAAGCUGAGGUCAGUGUUGGAGACGGGGUGGUGGGCACGCACGUAAGGAUGGCCCCUCUCCCAGUGGCGGGGACCUCCCCAGGCCAGCCCACCUCCGCAGACCAAGCGUGAGCCUGGGUCAGCCAGCGCGACAUGCCACACUGCCGUCUGUGUCGAACACUGGGGGUGACGGCUGGCUCGACCCGCUGAGCUGCAGCUCCCACGGGCCCCUUGCCGGUCCUCCUCCCCCAACCUCUCCCAGCAGAGCAGGCCAUUCGACUACUCAGGCUACUGUUCAAAAGGAGAAAUGACAAUCCGAAUCUGCCCAAGUGACACUAUAAGAACAGGUCUUGGUUGGGGUUCACGGGGGAUCCCUUACUCCCGAACGCCGGAGAGAGCUAUCUCAAACCGUACCUGGUGGGCCCUUUGCUCAGCCUCCUCCCUGGGUCAGAGCCACGGCCUUCUGACCUGUCAGGGAGGGGUGCUGAUGGGCCAACGUUCAUCCGGCCCCGGUGGGAACCCAGGGGACUAAGGAGGGUUUAGGGGAGCCAAAAAAGCUAUUUCACAAAACUGAGUUUCUGCUAAAAGUCACUCCUGACGCCUUUGAGAGGAGUGGCUGGUGCUUCUCAAAAUGUUAUGUUCCAGGUGUUGUCUACUUAAUUGGCCAGCUUUGUUAAAUGAUGUCAGGUUUGAACAAUGAAAACUACA